AAUUCAAAUCAGCCGCAGGUUUAAAAAAUACUCAAGCAUAGGCCGGACACAUCUGGCACUAGUCGUCCGUUCCCGUCACCAACUUUGAAUGUAAUUUCAAAUCGGCGACGACGAAGAAAAGAGAAAAGAGUGUUUUGACGUGAAAUGUCGAUGGGAAAUGACACGACAUGGGUUGGGAAGAAGCCAUGGAGGCGCAUCGGAGGAAUGUCGGAUGCUCUCUCCAUUGCUGCCGAUCUUGGUUUCUCUGUUCCCCCUCCUCCUUCUCAGGAAGAACUGCAAAACUUAUCUGCUACUGGUGAAAAGGGUGAUGACUUGAUAAAGGUCUUGAGAGAGCUAACCACUGUACAGAGAAAAAUAGCAGAUCUGCAAGUGGAACUUCAAGGCCGAAAGGAUGAUAAAAAUGUUGCUCAUCUGACGCAUGUGAGUGAAAUGGAAAAGAAGUGUGAGACACUGGCGAGGAUUACUACCAUAUUGAAAGAUGUUAUUCAGAAUAAGGAUCGUAUUAUAGCUCGUCUACAGCAACCAUAUUCCCUAGAUUGCAUUCCAGUGGAAGCAGAAUAUCAGAAACAAUUUUCUGAACUACUGAUGAAGGCUGCAAGUGAUUAUGGUGCAUUGACAGCAUCUGUUACUGAUUUCCAGUGGAGCCAGAACUUUAAGGAGUCUCCUGCAGUUUGGGGGGAGAUGCUCCGUCCAAUUCCCGUUGCUUUAGCAUCUUGUACUCGAUUCUUUGAGGCCAUGUCUGCAAUGAGAGAAUCAUUUGCAACACUUCAAAAUUUGAGAGUGGGGCAUUCUGCUUCCUCUUUGCCAACUACACCAGCCAAGGAUCCCUCCCAAAGAGUGCUAGGAGAGUCAGACUGCAUGACUCCAUCCCCUUGGAAAAACGAAUCAAGUUUUGAUGACUUAGCUAUCAAAAGUCUUAGAAGCCAAGAGCUUGAGCAGCAAGAAGUAGAGGAUGGAAACAGUGAAGUGGGUGACUUUCAUCAGGUUGAUGGCUCAAGCCACAGGAGAUUGUCUUGGCCUCCCUCCGUUAAAAAGAAUGGUCUUUAAUUCUUUCGGCUAUGUAUUGCUAUGCUUUAGUUUGCAUACUCCUAUAGUAAUAUUUUCUAUGCCUUGGAACCCUUCAGCAUCUUCAUAGUUCAUAGUAGUAUUGUUUGCUUGAAAAUAUGCGCCUAAAAAAAAAAACGGAAAUACAGAAAGUGAGCAGUGCAUAUUCUACAUUUUUUUUUUGUUCUUAACAUAUUAUGCAUUCGUUUAAUACGCUGAUUGUGCUGCGGCAGUUUGAAAUGAAUACUGUAUGAAAAGUGAAAUGUUGGUAGGGAUUUCCUUAUUUUAUCAA